AUGGCGGCCGUCGUCUAUGUAAGAGUCGAACUCCAUAAUGGAGACGUUCAAGUGAAUCUUGCUUGUUCCAAAACGAAAAUUGCUCCGCUAAAGAAACUCACUAUACCUCGUCUAGAAUUAAACGCCGCAUUAAUUCUGACUCGCCUUGCGCCCAGCGUGCGAAACAGCUUAAAUUUAAGGGAUACGCCCAUCCGUCUCUGGACAGAUUCAUCCGUUGCCUUCUAUUGGAUCUCCUCUCAUCCCGCGAAAUUAAAGGAUUACGUUCGCAACAGAGUAUCUUCCAUUCAGGAGAUAUUACCAUCCGCCACUUGGCGUUUUGUUCCCGGUCGGGAGAAUCCCGCGGACUGUGCCUCAAGGGGUUUGAGCCCUUCUGAAAUUAAGCAACAUUCUUUAUGGUGGUCUGGACCACCUUGGCUUCGUCUACCAUCGGACAAUUGGCCAGAAUUGCACCCGAAGCCCCCCGUGAAAAUAGAUUUAGAGGAAACUUCACACCUCACACUUAACUCCUUAAUCGGGCGACAAAAACCCCCGUGGGAUCUCUUAGAGCGUUACUCCUCGCUCACAAAGCUCUUGCGCGUUACCGCGACCUGUAAACGAGCCAUUUCACGUUUUCGCCGUCUACCCAUUAAGGCAGGUGAAGAGUGUAUAACUCCAACCGAACUACAAAGCAGUUGUAGCUUCUGGGUACUUCAAGUACAAAAAUCUCAUUUUUUCGCUCGACGUUGA